CUGGGAAAUGUAGUUUUCGGCAGAGUACGGAAGCGUUCUGAGCUGUCGCUGGAAGGUUUGUUUUGGAUGACUGAAAUGGCUGAGAUGGAGGACGUGACUUUAAACCUCAGGGAUUUGGACCUGACUUCUGAUGACCUGACUUUGGACACUGUUAGCAUUCAUAUUCAGGAGAAUCUGGAAGAUGCUCUUGUGCAGGAAGCUCUUAAAGCAGGUGUUGAUCUCAGACAAUAUUCUAAGCAAGUGGAACUGGAGUUACAGCAGAUUGAGCAUGCUUCAAUAACAGACUAUAUACAGGAAAGUCAGAACAUCGCCUCUCUCCACAACCAAAUUAUAGCUUGUGAUGCUAUACUGGAGCGAAUGGGCCAUAUGUUAUGCAGUUUUCAGUCAGACCUUAGUUCGAUCAGCUCAGAAAUUCACACUCUGCAAGAACAGUCUCUCGCUAUGAACAUUAAACUAAAAAAUAGACAAACAGUAAGGAGUGAGCUCAGCCAGCUAGUGGAUGAACUGAUUAUACCCAGCACAAUGAUCAGUGUGAUCCUUGAUGUCCCAGUGACAGACCAGCAGUUUGUGGAACAGUUGCAUGAACUGAACAAUAAGAUAAACUAUGUGAAGGAGCAAUCAUUCAGAGAUACCCAGGCCUGCGCUGAUGUGCAAGAGACUCUGCAGAAACUGAAGAUAAAGGCUGUGACUAAAGUCCGUGAGUUCAUCCUGCAGAAGAUCUACUCCUUCCGUAAACCUAUGACAAAUUACCAAAUCCCCCAAAAUGCUUUGCUGAAAUACAGGUUCUUUUAUCAGUUCCUUCUGGGAAAUGAGCGCUCAGUGGCACAGGAGAUUCAGGAUGAAUAUGUAGAGACGAUGAGCAAGGUCUAUCUAUCAUAUUUCAAAUCCUACACUAGCCGACUCAUGAAAUUACAGUAUGAAGAAGUGGCAGAGAAGGACGAUCUAAUGGGUAUUGAAGACACAGCAAAGAAAGGCUUUUUCUCAAAGCCAGCUCUCCGCAGCAAGAACACUGUGUUUACAGUUGGUAACAGAGCUGCAAUCAUCAGUCCAACUGAACUAGAAGGACCUAUUAUUGUUCCACACACCGCUCAGAGGGGUGAUAUCCGGUAUCCAUUUGAGUCCUUAUUUCGCAGCCAACACUAUGCACUCCUUGAUAACAGUUGUCGGGAAUUCCUCUUCUUAUCAGAGUUCUUUCUGGUAAAUGGGGCAGCGGCUCAGGAGCUGUUUAACUCUGUAAUGGGGCGAAGCCUUGCCAUGUUCCUGAAACAUAUUGAUUCCUAUGUAUCGGACUGCUAUGACAGCAUUGCUAUCUUCCUCUGCAUUCACAUUGUACUGAGAUUCAAAGGAAUCGCUCAGAGAAGAGACAUCCCUGCUGUGGACAAAUACUGGGAUGCCCUUCUGGACAUGCUGUGGCCCAGGUUUCAGCUUAUCCUAGAAUUAAACAUUCAAAGUAUUCGAAACACAGAUCCACAAAGGCUGGGCACUGUUGAUACAAGGCCGCACUAUAUAACCCGUCGUUAUGCAGAGUUUUCCUCAGCCAUCGUUAGCAUAAACCAGACAUUUCCAAAUGAGAAGACAAAUGCCCUGCUUGGACAGUUACAGGUAGAAGUGGAGAAUUUUGUCCUUAGAAUGGCAGCAGAGUUCUCAUCAAGAAAAGAACAGCUAAUUUUCUUAAUAAACAACUAUGAUAUGAUGCUCAGUGUCCUUAUGGAACGAGCAUCUUCUGACAGCAAAGAAGUGGAAAGUUUUCAACAGCUGCUGACUGCUCGAACACAGGAGUUUAUUGAAGAGAUACUCGCUCCAUCAUUUGGAGGAAUGAUUGCAUUUGUCAAGGAGUCAGAAUCUCUAAUUGAGAAGGGACAGCAGGAACGACUCAGAAGUGAAGAGGCACGUGUUGCUCAGCUUGUACGGGGGUUCUCAUCAACAUGGAAACAAGCAGUGGAGAAUCUGAGUCAGGAUGUUAUGAGGUCAUUUACCAACUUUAAGAAUGGAACUAGCAUUAUACAAGGUGCAUUAACACAGCUGAUCCAGUAUUAUCACCGCUUCCAUAAGAUACUCUCCCAGCCGCCACUCAGGAAUCUGCCUGUAUGCUCAGAAUUAAUAAACCUGCAUCACCUAAUGGUUGAGCUCAAAAAACAUAAGCCUAAUUUCUGAACCCAAGAAGGUAGAAGUAGGAAGUAUCAUAAAACUGAUUCUGUUACCUGUGUAUAUAACACUAAUCUGAGAUGCAUCAAGUGAUGUAAAUUUCUUAACAAUGAAAGAGCAAGUGCUUUUGCCUUGCUAAGUCAGUAAGAUACCUGUACCAACAGGUAAACAGGUAGCUCCACCAAAUGUUUGAGUUUAAAUAUAUUUAAUGGCAUUCUCUUCCUAUGCUUAACUAUUGCUUGUAAAAUCAUGCCAGAACUAAAUGUAUGGGUAAAAUAAAGUUUACUACUGGUAACAAAUCUUGGAUAAAUAUGUAUAGUUUUAUGUAGUCUCACAGCAUGAAGAAAAUGUAUAAUUUCCUGUGCAGUCAUUUGAAUGUUAUUGCAGCUUAUCCAUUCCCCGGGGACAGUGAGGUGCUAAUGAGCAAUAGCUGAAACAGGCCUGUGCAGAUUGAGAACACUAGCUUAGCUAGUAGAAAGUACAGGGGUAAUACAUUCUAAAUGCAUAGGGGUUUUAAUGUAAAAUGCCACAACUUAAAGGAAGAUGCAGUUGCAAGUCCUUUGUGGACACGAUAACACAUUCGUUGUAAAGGAGUUAUGUUCUUUACUAGAAGCAAUAACAGACAAGGGUUCCAAAGUGCUAUGGCUACAUUUUUAUACCUGUAUAUAUAUAUCUACACACAUCUUUGUUUUAAAUUAUCCACACAGUUUAAGCAAAAAUAGAUACAAACCAGUAUUAAAAGCCACAUUUACUAAAAUGUUACAAAAGAAAACGUUGCUCUGUGUCAAGAGCAAUUAACAUACAAUACAAAGAUUUAGAGUUCCCUCCAUCGCUUUCUAUUAACAUUUAAGUGCAAGUAAGGCUUAAGAGAAACAUCUGAGACCCAAUUAUGUAGCUUAUGUUUGAGAUAGUUCCAAUAAGCCUAUAAAGACACCAGAGCACUCUCUCUGCCAGUCAAUAUGUAUGUCACAAGAAAGUCUUGCAGGCUCUUUAAACACAGUAUCUAAACGAAGGCUGUUUUACUACACUGGAAUGUUACAUGCAUGUUAUCCAAUCCCCACUCUAAUAAUAUAUCUUUUAAAAGAGUAAGGAAGAGAUCUAAAGUACUAGCCCUCCAACAGCUACCUGUAUGGAUGUCCAUACUGAAUGUCAUUCUUUUAAAAGAGAUUAAAGGACAUGUCAACCCCAAAAAUAAUUUUUUGCUUAAUUAAAGAAAACUUAAUUCUUAGCAA